ACUUCACCCCGUGAAUGAGAGAGUGCAGUUUCUAAUAAUCCCCAUCAAAUCUCCGAUCAUCAAACUCAACGCAUUAAUUAAACCGUCCCUCUCACUUUACAGAUAUUGAGUCUACUGUCUCCCAUUUUCUGUUGUUGCCCUCGCAUUUUCCUCGGGUGUCUUUCAUUUUCAUUCCUUUGUCCAAUCUCCUUCUGGUUGCAGACCGUGAACUAACAUUUGUUUUUUCUUUCUGAACUCAUCCUGAUAGAAUAAGAGUUGCAAGAUUCUUUCUUUUCUGGCAGCUCUUUUCGUAUCACUCUUCUUCGAUUUGCGGUGAGUGGCGUCUUAUACAAAAUCAGAUCUUGCACUGUGCUCUGUUUGUGAGGCAGAGUACAUAUAAGAUGGAGAAGAAGGUGUAUGCGGUGUUUGUGUUGGUGGGUGUGCUUGUGUUCGUCAUCUCCGGUACCGCGACGGCGAAAAAUCAUGUAUCUGCGGUCGGAGACCCGGGAAUGCGGCGAGAUGGACUGAGAGUUGCCUUCGAAGCUUGGAACUUUUGCAAUGAAGUUGGACAAGAAGCGCCUCACAUGGGUAGCCCAAGAGCUGCGGAUUGUUUUGAUUUUUCCAGUACUCUGGAACAGAAAGUUAAGGAACAUGAUAACAGACUAGGGGUAGGGGAACCAUUUCCUGGUUUGAGUAAAGAAGAUAUAAACAACACAGACUUAUAUGCUGCUGAUAAGGAACUGUAUCUGGGUUCUCUGUGUGAGGUGAAAGACACCCCGAGAUCUUGGCAAUUUUGGAUGAUUAUGCUUAAAAAUGGAAACUAUGACACACGAUCUGGUUUAUGCCCUGAGAAUGGGAAAAAGGCUCCUCCUUUUAGACCAGGAAGGUUUCCUUGCUUUGGACCUGGGUGUAUGAACCAGCCUAUCUUAUGUCAUCAAUGGACCCAGCUAAAAGAUGGUACAUUGCGAGGAAGUUUCAGUGGUACUUAUGAUUUGGAUUCCAGGUGUGGGGAUGAACGUGAUGGCCUCUCUUACUAUGAGGUAAUCUGGGAAAAGCAGGUCAAUGUUGGGAGUUGGGUUUUCAAACAUAAGCUAAAGACUUCAAAGAAAUACCCAUGGCUGAUGUUGUACCUCAGAGCUGAUGCGACCAAAGGAUUUUCUGGAGGUUACCAUUAUGACACAAGAGGAAUGCUCAAAAUUCUUCCAGAGUCACCCAAUUUCAAGGUAAGGUUGAGCUUAGAUAUCAAGAAAGGUGGAGGACCAAAGAGCCAGUUCUAUCUCCUAGACAUUGGAAGCUGCUGGAAGAACAAUGGCGCUCCAUGUGAUGGAGAUGUUGUUACAGAUGUUACCAGAUACAGUGAGAUGAUCAUUAACCCAGAGAUUCCAGCUUGGUGCAGCCCCAAGGGUUUGGUGAAUUGUCCGCCUUAUCACAUCACACCAGAUGACAGAAAAAUAUACAGAAACGACACCGCCAAUUUCCCAUACUCAGCUUAUCACUAUUACUGUGCCCCAGGGAAUGCCCAGUACUUGGAGCAGCCUGUGAGCACUUGUGAUCCUUACAGCAAUCCUCAGGCACAAGAGAUAGUUCAGUUGCUUCCUCAUCCUAUAUGGGGUGAAUAUGGCUAUCCCACUAAAAAAGGGGACGGUUGGGUCGGGGAUGCAAGGACUUGGGAACUUGAUGUUGGUCGACUAGCUAGUAGACUUCACUUCUAUCAGGACCCAGGGACUCCUCCUGCCAAGAGAAUAUGGACAUCCGUAGAUACAGGUACAGAGAUAUUUGUUAGUGACCAUGAUGAAGUAGCAGAGUGGAGUGUCAGCGACUUUGAUGUUAUUCUAAGAAAACCAAAUCAAUCGAUCUGAUUUUCCUUUCUUUGGAUAUUUUCUUAGCCAAUUCAUUCUUGCCAAUCUAGUUGUGAUUCGAGCUGGGCAAGUCUAGAACCAGGAUCAUCUCAUUCCUGAAUUCCCUUGAAAGAUUGAUAGCCAAGCAUAGAAGGCCCCACAAUGUGGAAUUUGGCACCUAACUUGAUUGGCUUAUAUAUAUAGUGAAAUUCCCUGCUAUGGCUCUUUUAUGCCAUCUAUAUGAUCUUUACCUCAAUUCUAGUCUAUUCAUAAUCCAUGGUUCAGAAUUCUCUCUUUUCAACUUGUUAUUUUGGACCACUUAAUAUUCGUCAGUGGUGGAAUAAUCAUAGUCAAUCAAGUGAAGACUUAGACAACUGAUCAUGUGAUGUUAGGUGAUUUUUGUUUGGUGUCCAGCUAGUUGCUGCAAAAUGAUUGCUGUAUUAGUGGACACAUUGAUUUGUUGAUACUGCACCUUCAUUUUGACC